AUGGCGCCGGCUCGUAAUCUAUCGCAAGGACCGCCGCCGCUGCCGCCGCGUCCACCCGGCCCUACACUACGGCCGUCGCUGGGGUCCUCCGAGGACCGCGGCGCGCUGACUGGCGGGCUGUCCGCCGCGGUGCCUGCGGCAGCGCCCGCAGGGUCCUUCGCCAGGCGCGCAAGCCAGCAACAAAAGCAAGAGAAGCUUAAGCGUGGAGUAAUCUAUGUGGGCCACCUACCUAGCACACUUGAUGAAACUCAGAUCCAAGCAUAUUUCUCCCAGUUUGGCACCAUUACAAGAUUAAGACUGUCCAGAAGUAAGAGGACUGGAAAUAGCAAAGGCUAUGCCUUUGUGGAAUUUGAGUCUGAUGAUGUUGCCAAGAUAGUUGCUGAAACAAUGAACAACUACCUUUUUGGUGAAAGACUUUUGCAGUGUCGUGUUGUGCCACCUGGAAAAGUACAUAAAGAACUUUUUAAGGGCUGCAAAAUGCCAUUUAAACAGCCAUCACAUCCGGCAGUGACACGGUAUAAUCAGAAACGGACAUUUACACAAAGACUACAGAUGGAGAAGCGAUUUAAAAAGAAGGAAAAGUUACUCAGGAAGAAAUUAGAGAAAAAAGGAAUUGAUUACAAUUUUCCUCCAUUGGUCUUACCUAAGAGAAAGAAACAACAGGUUUCCGGCACUCCUCAGACUCCUGAAAAGACUGUGGAUAGCCAGGGCCCCACACCAGUUUGUACACCAGCAUUUUUGGAGAAACGAAAAUCUGAAGUGGCUGCAAUGAAUGAUGAUGAAGAUAAUGAAAUAGUUUUCAAACAGCCCAAAUCCAGUGUAAAAGAAGAAAUACAAGAGACUCAAACACCUACAGGUUCACAGAAAAAAAGACGAAGAAAAAGCAAGCAGUGACUCUGAAUCUACUGUGCACAGCAUUUCUUCUGAAAGUGCAGUUUUUGUUUCAUGGGCUGAUUCUAUACUAGGUACAGUGAAAUGCAACCCUUGGCAAGGUUGAUUUUCUUGUUUGUUUGUUUUGUUUUGUUUUUUUGAGACAGAGCCUCACUCUGCUGCACAGGCUAGAAUGUUGUGGUGUCAGUUCACUCAAAGUCCUGGGUUCGAGGGAUCUUCCCGCCUCAUUGCCCAGCUAAAUAUUUCUGCUUUUUCUUGUUUGUAGAGCUGGGGUCUCACUGUUGCUCAGGCUGGUCUCAAACUCCUAAAGUCAAAUGAUCUUCCUGCCUCUGCCUCCCAGAGUGCAGGGAUUAUAGGUAUGACCCACCAUGCCCAGCCCCUUGACAGUAUUUUUGUAGGAAAAACAUACUAUUUGGUCAAGUCAGUAAGCAAAGCAACUUGUAUUAUUUUGGCUUGUCUGUCCUUUCUGAAAUACAGGGGUGCAUACCAGCUUGCAGCGGUUGGGCUCACGUUCCCUCUUUUUCCUGGUCUCUUCUAGUUUCCAUUUUAGAUUCCACAGCUUUCCCUAAUUACUUUGCUGGAUAGAAGGCUCACCGUUAACUGCAGGUUUAAUGGCUAAACUGCAGCUGUUUUUCACCACCAGGUAAAAACCAUUAUCGUACUUUUCACCCAGGAGGAUACUUUAGACAUUUAACAUUGGAUGAUUGAAACUUCUGGAGGUUAAAUGUUAUGAGAAGUAAAAAGGAAUUUUCAAUUGUUACUGCUGAUUCAUUUAUAUAAUAGUUCAAGUGUUAAUGAAGAUUCAAAAAUGACUGAUAUUUACCAUAAUGGUGGGUUGGCAUUAUAUAUCAGUAUCAUGUGGGAAAUUCCAAGAUUCAAAGAGUGAUCAGCAAAUAAACUUUUUCUUAUAAUUUA